ACCUUCGGGAGAAGCUCAGCUUGAGAAAUUUCACGUAGUUCGGCAAUCGGGGAAACGCACUUGCUGGCCAGAAAUUGGGGAGCACUCGUGGAACUGCCGGUGCACUGGGGCGGCGUUACAAUCUGCGGUACGGAGAGGUCUCUCGAUGGCUCAUCCAUCGCACUGCCGCGUCACUCGCUCCCGCGAUCCCUCACAGCAACCUUGCACGCCUUCCUUUCACCCCUGCUCCGAUUCCUCCUCCCCCCGCUCCUUUCCGCGACGCUCCCCACCCCAUUCCUCGUCCCGCUUCCCCGUCCUCGCACGCUCCUCCCUCCACCUCCUCCUCCUCGUAUCCCUCCUCGCCUUAUCGUCCCUCUCGCACUCUCUGGCCGACAGCCCACCCGAAUCCGACCAUUCCGUUUCAUCCGUCGCGCCGCGCGCGUUCAGGGUCCUCGAAGACGCGACACCAUCGGGGAGCGCGGGGCUGCCAUCCCCCCGCGCCACGCCGCCUCGCCCCGGGAAGAAGAGCAAGAGAGGCAGGCGGAGCGGGGGGAACAAGGGCAAAGAGCGCCGGGGUAAGGGGAACGACAAACGGGACAAUGGCGUCACAAGAAGCAGACGUGAAAAACGUGAUUCCAACUCGAACUCUGACGGGGAUCCUUUCAACCGGGGAACGAAUCACAGCAUGCAGAGCAGCGCCAGCAUGCUCACCAGCAUCCAGCGCGUCAUCAGCGUCCCCAGCGCCGGCGGCUGCAACAUGGCCAAUGGCCAAGGGUGCUCUGCCGGCGACCAUCACUAUAUCGAUCCUGUUUCUAACGGGUUCCCGAACGGCGGGCCACUGAUGACGCAGAUUCAGGCUGCCACGGCGCCACGUCGGCGAGAAGUGGACGAUAUUAUCCAGAACGCGUAUGCUGCCACGUCAACAGGCGAGCUGCGUUACCAGCUGACGCUGUCGCUUCGCUCCAUUCGCAUGGUCCGUCGGAGCAUGUUCUUCGCGUCGCCACUGUGCCGUCGCACGCUGAAGUUUGCUAUUUCGCAGUCCAAGAAGGUGGACAGGAUCAUUCGCAAGGGCGACGUCGCACACGCUCGCAAGCAGACGGUGCACCUCGCGAAGUCAGUCGUAGAGUGCCAGCGAGACGUCGGGAGCGUCAUCGCGAAGCGCAGCAGUAACGGCGCACGAAAAGCGUAUGGUUACGAAGUCGACACCACGAAAACGCAACCCGACGUUGCCCAUUUCGCGAACUCGUUGUCCGCUCUCGACCAGGCCGCCUUUGCGACAGCUGCGACGGCUGCGACGAUUCUCGGCGGAGACGGCGAAGCCUACAGCGACAGCUUUCAGGAGCUGGAGAACGCGGUGAUUCGCCUGAGCGCCGUCGGGCAGACGCUGAAGCGCGUGAGCGGCGCGCGGGGCAUGUCGCGCGGAAUCGUGGGCGUGGAUGCGCACGAGGGGCUCCAGGAGGUCAUGCGGAAGCCGCCGACGCGUGCGACGAGCAUCGUGGAUUUCGUCGUGGAUUACGGAGAGGAGCUGGUUACCGAGCUCCCGAACGACGUAACCACGCUGAAGUUCAACGGCACUCUCGGUGCGCGCAUCCACUCCGCGCUGGCGUUCCCCUCGGGGGUGUUCUCCGCGCGCCUGCAGUGCCCGCAGGGGCAGGCCAGCGGGCUCGACACCACCUUCUAUCUGUCGACGGUGGAGGGCGGGCCGGCGACAGACGCGAUCGUGAUGAGCAUAUUCGGGAACGCGCGGUCGCGCGUGCGGUGCCUGGUGAUCGUGGACGGCGUGCCGGGCAGCACGCAGGAGGUGGACGUGGGCGGCGACUGCAGCGCGGGCUUCCACAACGUCACCAUCAUGUGGAGCAAGCAGCUCAUCAUAUGGAUGUACGACGGCCAGGUGAUGCGCGUGCAAUCGCGCGACAUGCUCUCGCCCUUCCCGCUCUCGACCACCAUGUUUCUCUACGCGUCCCUCUACGACACCUCGCCCUACCCCUACGCCUGGCAGGCCGGCUACCUCCGCUCCGCCUCCCUCCCCCUCUCCGCCACCUACGCCGCGCCCACCGCGCUCGCCCCCGCGCCCUCCCUCAACUUCGGCCUCCCCCUAGACCCGUUACUAGGCGCUCCUUUAGAAGGGCAAGCACGCGGGCGGGCCAUGGGGCGAGGGCCCAUGUGGCCGGUGGCCAUAGACUACUGCUCCACCCACGUGGAGACCCAGAGGGGGUACCAGUCGAUCCGGUUUGAUGGCACGGGGUGCGGCGGGAGGUUCCAUUCGUCGCUGCGGUACUUCAGCGGGUCAUUCUCGGCGCUCUACCAGUGCCCCCGGGGGAACGCGUCUGGGCUCGUGUCUGCCUUCUAUUUGUCAUCGGAGGAGGGCAGUCGGUUUCAGGACGAGAUCGACUUCGAGUGGUUGGGCAAGAACCACCGCGCCGUGCAGACCAACUUCUACGUCAAUGGCGGCGGUGGCCGCGAGCUGCUCGUGCCGCUGCCCUUCGACUGUUCAGACGCCUUCCACAACUACACGCUCACGUGGACCAAGGCAGCCAUCAGGUGGUAUGUGGACGGGGCGCUGGUGAGGGAGGCGUUAUCUAGCCAGGCAGAUGCGUACCCUGUGAAGCCCAUGUAUGUGUAUGGGUCUAUGUGGAAUGCGAGCUGGGUGGAGCGAGGGGCGUGGUCGGGGGCGUAUAGUGGCGUGGACGCGCCUUACUUCGCCAAGUAUAAGGACGUUAAGAUCGGAUUGGCUUGAAGGAAGGGGAAAGGGUUACUCACAAGGCAGCUGGCUUAGGGGUGGAGUUGGCCCACGAGGACCGGGGGAGACAGGGAAGACACGAGUGGCACACACGCACACGUACCGUACUUGGUUGGAGCUCGUUCUCUGGUUCUCUUCUAACCCCCCCCUCGCCUGACGGGAGGAUAGUCAGCAACUGUGGAUGGCACAUUGCUCUGUGCGCCCUUGCUAGCUAACAGGCCCGCUCAUACAGUCAAACUACCAGGUCCGCACUGACUGCCAUCCAUGCCCUCUUAGUUCUUACUUGUGCAUCUCCAGCUUCUCUUUAGAUGCAGCACAAGUUGCUCUUGCUAGAGAGGUAGCCAUUCUAGAGCCUCUAAUUUUCGUGGAUGCCUUGUAUGUGAUAGUCAGGGCCCCAGAUAGCAGACGAAAUCGGUCUGAUGGUCUGAAAAUCAGACUCGAUUUUUUUUGUUCAUCUGAUUUUUAAGACCUUGUUUUAUUUCGUCUGAACGUUAAGAUGGAU